CGUAACAUUUAAAAGUGUACCAAAUACCCUUGAAUAAUUUAAAAUGUUGCACCGUUGUAUUAUUUUGAGAAUAUACACUUGGCUAGAUAAUAUGCAAGCCAUCCAAGUGGUUCCACUAUAUUUAGGAAAGAUGGUAUUGCAUUGGGGAACGUUGGUCCAAAUGGAGGAAGAUGUCAUCCCGCCCCUAGUGUUGGCUCUAGAAGAUACAGACGGAUCAAAGGAAACCAACAUCAAAUCUCAUGUCGGGGAUACCAAUGAUGGCGAGUCUAAAGUCAUGAAAACAAUUGACCUGGGUUCCAAUUCCAUAAACAAGUAUGAUGGUGCUAAUGGUGGGGAUGCUAAAUCAGCUUGUGAGCUUGAUAUUACAUCUUGUGAUUCUUCUGCACCACUCCCUUCAUUGGGUGUUGUAGACAUUUCAAGAGAUCAAGCUUUGGAUGCCAACCAUCAACCCUUUGUUUUGGUUUUGUCUCACCCAAUCAUGAUGCGUCACCAUUCUGAUAUCCUCCACAAGGAGCAUCUGAUUUCAGUGCGGGCAACAAGACUCGUGAAUGGCUCUAUCUCAUUUUCCUCCCGUCACAUUCUAAGAAGCAUGUUGGUUGAAAGUUGGCCAAUAAGUGGAUUUCUUCUUUGCUUCUGCACCCUCUCUCCAGUCCAAAAGCACGAGUGGAAGCCUCCACCUUGAGGACAAGGUCAAUUGGUUUAUUGUGUUGAACAUAGAAACUGGCCAUUGCUCGGGCGGCUGCAGGGCCUGGUCAGUGAGGUUAAGACGUGCGCACGAGGGUCUGCGAUCUUGGGUUUGAGGCCAUCGCCCGAGGGAUCCUACCUCCACCGAAUUGAGGUCAUCUUCGGUAUUACGGAUUGAGGCUAUCUCCGUCAUAGGCAUUAAAUGUUAAGUGGUUUG